AUGGCGGCCAUCAUCAAAAAGCUUCCCGGCAUGGCCCAGCAAUCGGCCCGCGAGGAACUGUCGGUCCUCUUCGAGGAUCUCUACACUCUGCCACCGUCCGAAGUCAAGGAAAACGGCUGGUUUCGAGCCUUGCAGAACCAUCAUGGAGCAAAGGAGGAAAUUCUUUCGUCAAUACCAGCUACCAGGCAGCCCUCGCACCGACCGCUGCACCUCUUGCACACGAUCCUCACUGAGCUCCCAGGCCCGUGGCCUGUGGUUUCCGUCAUCCGCUGUCAUUCUCGCCUAUAUCGCUUGCUUCCGGAGGCCUUCAAGGCUGGCCAAGAUGUGGAGCUGGCCUCCUUGCUGAGUUCCGUGUCAAGGCUGGUCAGGAACUCCUACAGCUCUCUCGCAGAUUUCCUUACAUGUAGUUCCGAGCCAGCACUGCGAACGGCGAAUUCGGACAGGUUCAUCACCCACCAGGCCCUCCGUGAUUUCGUCCUGCAGUUUUGUCUGCCUUCCAAGGAGAAUGGACGGCGGAAACCAGUCGUCGCGGUUGCCCUGCCCAACGGGCCGCUCAUGGCAGCCGCCUGUAUCGCCGCGGCGACAUACUACACGGCGGCACCAGUCAACUCGGCGGCUGGGCCGGACCAGUUCCGCGCCGAUGUCACGCAAGCAGGCGCCAGCUUCAUCCUGACAACGGCGGAAGAGUACCAGAAGCUGCAACUGAGCGACUCUUGGGUCCGCGAAGCCAAUGUCCAGGUUUUCUGCCUCGAUUGGGAUAGGAGACAGAAGAUCGACCUGACGACUCCAUCCGGAGAGACGGUACGUUGGCAGGACGGCCAUCAGCAACCGAACAAAGCAGAUGACAUCAGCCUCGUCCUCUUCACCAGCGGGACAUCCGGUACGAAAAAAGUCGUGCCGUUGAAGCUGCAUUCCAUCGUGGCCGGUGUUGUUUUUGUCAUGGACUCGUGGGGUCUGACUGAGAAUGACGUUUGCCUCAAUAUGAUGCCUCUCUAUCAUGUUGGUGGGUUGGUGAGAAACAUAUUUGCCCCCAUCUUCUCCGGUGGCUCAACCGUCUGCUGCUCCGCCUUUGACCCCAAUUUGUUUUGGGAUGUUGUGGAAGAUAUACAGCCGACAUGGUACUACGCUUCACCGUCGAUGCACUCCGUCAUCCUUGCGCAUGCCUCGGAGCGCGCCUCCUCCUUGAAACGAUGCCGACUGAGGCUUGCAUGCAAUGCCGCUGGAGGCCUUUUGCCAUCAUUGGCCCGUCAGCUACGCGAUACUUUCCAUUGUGUGGUUCUGCCGAGUUAUGGAAUGACAGAAUGUAUGCCCAUAUCGACCCCGCCUCUGACGUACGAGCUGGAACGUGAAGGGACAUCUGGCGUAAGCGUCGGCCCUGGGUUGGCCAUCUUGGAUUGGGCCGAGGCGGCGGUUUCGUCUGGGACGGUGGGCAGGAUCUGUGUGAGAGGCGAACCCGUAUUCCCGGGGUACCUGCUCCCCGACGGCUCGUUCGACAAGUCCCCGUUCAACGCCGACGGAUGGUUUGACACCGGCGAUCUGGGCUUCAUGGACGACGACGGUUACCUUUACAUCACAGGAAGGAGCAAGGAAGUCAUAAACCGAGGCGGCGAACUCAUUUCUCCCUUCGAGGUCGAGAACGCCAUCAUGUCGGCAGCACAGUCGUCCGAUUCACCCAUCAGCGGCCGCAUCACUCAAGCUCUCGCCUUCUCCGCCUCCCAUAAUGUCCUCCAGGAGGUCGUCGCGGUGGCGCUCGUCACCCCGGCCACAAGGUCUCGCGUUGACCUGAGGACGCUUCAUCUGGCCCUGCGAUCCUCUCUUCAGCAGGCCAAAUGGCCCAUGCUCAUCGUGUAUAUGGACGACUUGCCCAAGAUGAACAGCAAGCUUCUUAGAAUCGGACUAGGCCAGCGCAUGAGGCUGCCUGACCUCGACGACGAUAUGCCCUACCUCAGACGUCACUGGCAAGCAGCAUGCCCACCCGCCGAUGCCGCGAUUGCCGUCCCGAUAAAGGCUCAGCCAGUUGCCGUGGACGACGAACUCCUCUCGAGAGCUCUCGAUGCGCUGGUCCCCGUCGAUAUGAGAUACCACUGUCGAAAGCUUCAAGCGGACGGCACCGUCGAACUCUAUCUGGCCCCGGCCAACGCCCCUGCCCCUGACCUGGAGCCGGUGUUGGUCCAAAGUCUGCAGAAGCAUCUGGCCGAGUAUUUGCACAGCUACAUGGUGCCGACGACGGUUCAUCUGAUGGCUGAGCCUCUGCCGACGGAUGAGCGUGGCGAUGUGGACGAGGUCGAGAUCCAGAGAAGGCGGAUCCAGCUGCUUGGCGCCACUCUCGAUGAGCUGGACACAACCACCCAAGGCAAGGUCACAAAAGUCUUUGCCGACAUCCUGUCAAGGCACCCUGGAGAAAUCCCCGCCGAUGUGGACUUCUUUAGCCUCGGCGGUGAUUCUUUGGCAGCCGGCCGCCUCCUGUCGGGGCUGCGACGCACCUUCAACGUGCAGCCCCCGGUCGGCAUUGUCUUCAACCAGGGCACCGUCCAGGCCAUCUCGACACACCUGGACAAGGCGAUGCAGCUGGGUCCCGUCGACGAUGGCGAGAACAUGACCGAGGGGUGCACCAAGACGCACAGUUCGACGAAUCCGCUCCUCAUGGCUCUGCAGCUGGUUCCGCUGGUUCUCGUCUACCCCCUUCGGCGUGCGCUCCAGUGGACCAUCUUCGUCGUUGCACUCUGCCAUACGCAGAAUUGGCCGACAAACGGGUCGGUCGUCGGCCGUCUGACCAACCUGGUCUUGAGCAUUGAAUUUUCACGCCUUGUCAUUCUAUGCGUUGUCCCCUGGAUCGGCAUCGCCACCAAGUGGCUCAUCAUCGGUCGCUAUCGUGAGGGAAUGUACCCAAUGUGGGGGUCCUAUCAUACGCGCUGGUGGAUGGUGCAGAAGACGGUGAGCAUAUGCGGCAAAGGCUUGUUCGAAAUGAACGACAUGACGAACCGGCUCUACUGUCGCCUUAUGGGCGCACGGAUCGGGAAGAAUGUCAAGCUCACCGACGCCGAAAUCGGUGAAUGGGAUCUCGUCGACAUCCAAGACAAUGCAGUGCUCGCACGCUGCAUUUGCCGCCCGUUUGCGGCUGAGGGGAACGCGACCAUGUACCUUGGCCGCAUUGUCAUCGGCGAGAACAGUUCAGUCGGAACGUCAUCCGUCGUCGCCGCCGGGUCCAACGUUCCCCCCAACACCUGCAUUGGCCCCAACUCGUCAAGCUGGGAGAUGGACGAGGCCGACGAGGCCAACCGCGACUUGUCAUCCAGCAGGGUUCCCAAACCUCACUGGCUGCUGACAUGGCUUUUGACGAUACCCCUGGCCGUCGUGGCCUGGGUCCUGUCGCUGCUACCUUGGGCCGCCGGGCUCAUCGGCAUGGUGCUAAACGAGCCGCAGAUGAGCGAAACACCUCUGCGAGACGUUCUCAGCUGGUUCACGGCUUCCGAACGGGUCGGCUACCACUAUCUUGCCCUCGUGCUCAGGACCCUCUUGAGCCCCUUUAUCCUCUUCGCCUUCACCGUCCUGCUCAAACUAGGCCUCGAUGCUAUCUUCGGCACGCUCCAACCAGGGCCUGCUCACGGUCGCAGUGCCGUUGCCACCUGGCGGGCUGCCCUCAUCAAUGCUCUGAUGCCAGUCCCCCAGCUCCAGAAGAUGACGAACAUGUUUGGCCAGCACUACGAAGCGACGUCCGUCGCUCUGCGAAUGCUCGGGAGCAAGGUUGGCAAGCGAGUAUACUGGCCGGGUACCGGGCCGGCCAUUGGCGAUUACCACUUAAUCAAUGUAGGUGACGACGUCGUCUUUGGCUCGCGCGCCGACCUCGUCACGUCGGACGGCACCGGCUCCGAGACAAUCACCAUCGGUGACGGCGCCAUGAUUGCCGACCGCGUCUGCCUUCUUCCCGGCGUCGAGAUUGGCGAGCAGGUAACGAUGGGAUCUGGUGCUCUGACCCGCCGGGGCAAACGGUAUGCACCUGGCGGCACCUUUGUGGGCUCCAAGGGCGGUGAUGCCCUUUGCCUCUCCACCGGCCUCAACCGCAACGCGACGAGCAUGGCAAAGCAGGCGGGACGGGCGUGCAUUCGCCCCGUGAGCAGCGAGGAGACCCUUACGGCCGACCGAUUCCAGUCCAAAAAGCGGCUUGACCGCACCCGCAUCCAUCAGAUAGGUAGCGACGAGACGCUGGCUAACUCUGGCGAGUCGUCGCCCCAUUCACACCAUCAUGGCGGCCCAGCUCGAGAUCCCUGGAUGACGUCGGACAGCGACUUGGAUGGCAAUGCAGGCCCACCGCCGCUAUCGUCAGAGACCGUCUCGCCCUUUGGUCGCGCAUUUUACCUCAAGCUUGCCCCCUACCACGUCAUCGGCCCGGUUGCCAUAUUUUUCUACUCCGCUUCCAUGACCGUCCUCACGGCCGUGUAUUGGAACGUGCCAAACAUUUCUUCGAUCCAGAUCGUCGAUGUCAUGAUAGAAAGCCUCGCCCCCCAGCAGGGAAGUUUUUGGGUCGAAGUGGCCAUACUCUACGGCCUGUCGGCCAUCAUGAUUGCCGUCCUCACAACCGUGCAAGCCAUGUUGGCCCUCGCCGUCGUCAUCGCCUCCAAGUGGUUGCUCCUCGGCCGCCGACAGCCUGGUAACUAUGACUGGGACAAGUCACCGUAUUGUCAGCGGUGGCAGCUGUUUCUCUGCAUCGAGAAGCUUCGCCGUCAGUGCUACAGCGGUCUUGGUAUUCUCGGUCUCCUCACGGGCACCAGCUGGAUCGUCCUCUACUUCCGUGCACUUGGUGCCAAUAUUGGUAAGGAUUGUGCCCUAUUCGCCAGUGGGAGACCGAGCCUUGUAUUUACCGAGCCCGAUCUGAUUACGCUUGGCGAUCGCGUGGCGAUCGAUGAUGCCAGUGUCGUUGGUCAUAUCAACACGCGCGGAAAAUUCGAUCUGAACCGUCUUGAAAUUGGCGAUCGGUGCGUAUUGCGUACUGGUAGUAGACUGCUGAGUGGUGCUACAAUGAAGAAGGAUAGCUGUCUCCUUGAGCAUACUCUGAUCAUGGGAGGUGAUGUGGUGGAAGAGAGGUGGACGAUGCAAGGCUGGCCUGCAGAAAAAUACGGCGGGCAACGCACGAAAUGCGGUGCGGUCGUAUAA